CUACCGUGUGUUUCAUCACUACAACUUUAAGGAGUGGGACAUGCUCUUUUCUGCAGGAAAUCACAUGGAGGUGAUAUCGCACUCACAUGACAUCUGAACCAUGGCAGCGGACAUCAAUGAAGGAUCUGUCCCUUCAUAUUAUCGUGAAGUAUAUCAAGCCAUCUGCUCCAGAACUGAUGAACGAGUGCCUAUCGGUGUAUUCCAGAGAGUUCUCAGCAGAACGUAUCUCUCCAGUACUGUUCAAAACCAGAUAACUGAGCAUGUAAACAGUGGUGAUGGAUUCCUUAGUAAAGUCUCGCUGUAUAAAGGCUUGGCUCUCAUUGCCCUUGCUCAACAAGGAAAACCACCAAGUCCCAAACUGCUGGAGAAUUUCAUACAAGAGUUCCCGAAGCCUCAGCUGGGAGAGCCAAAGGAGCUUCAGAGUCUGAAGAUUCAGCCGGUUGAGGAGAGUCCUUUGAACUUGUCUUUGACUCUGGCAGAGCUGUUAAAGAAGGACACCAUCAAAGUUGAUCUCAUCCCCGAGAAGAAGGGAUUGUUUCUUAAACACGUGGAGUAUCAGGUCACCAGUGAGCGUUUUACAGUAUCAGUUUAUCGUCGAUACAAUGAUUUUGAUGUUUUCCAUGAGCUUCUACUUCAGAGAUAUGCUUACAGAGUCGUGCCGGCGCUUCCUCCCAAAAGGGUGCUGAAAGGAGUCCUGACCUCCAUGUCAGAGCGGCAGUUCAUUGAAGGGCGGAGACGAGCUCUUGGCAGGUUUCUGAAUCUUGUGGCACGACACCCUGUCUUUUCUGAGGAUGAGCUUGUGAAAACAUUCCUCGCCUUCAGUGGCUCGGAUGUCCAAGCUAAGCUUAGAGAUGCUUGCAAAAAACUGGGUGAUGAGUUCAUGACAUGCAAAUAUGCAACGCAGGCCAAGGAAUACCUCCCAGCAGAUGUCCAAAGUCAAUUUUCAUCCAGCAGAGAGCUCAUCAGAAAUAUCCAUAACAGUUUUCAGAAGUUAAGGGACAGGGCGGAGAGGAUGGCCGAGCGCUCGAAGGAGAACGCCACGGAUCUGCUGAUGUUUGGGAAGGAGCUCAGUUCUUUGGGAUCAGAUGAGUCAUCUGUGCCUAUCCUGGCGUCCUGUAAGAGUCCUUGGGCUGCACUCAGACGCUCUGUCAAAGGGCUUUCUGUUGAGUUCUCACUUCUGUCUGAAAGAGCUGCCCAACAGGGCAGAAGAGAGGAGGAUGAUGUGGUAGAAAAACUAAAUCUGUUCUUGGACUUGCUGCAGUCAUACAGGGACUUGUGUGAAAGGCAUGAGAAAGGGGUCUUGCAUGAACACCAACGAGCGCUGCAGAAGUACGGUGUCAUGAAAAGACAAAUGCUGAGUGCCACGGUGCAGCCUAAAGAACAGGUUUCUGUCGAACAGCUGGAGUCCCGCAUCGUCCAGCAAGAAAACGCCAUUCAGACCAUGGAGCUGCGCAACUACUUCUCCCUGUUCUGCCUGCACCAGGAGAGCCAGCUCAUAUUUACUUACCUGCCCAUUACGUCUCACAUCCUGGGGGCACUUGUAGACUCACAGGUGCUGGGACAUAAAGAGAUGGGUGAGGUGUGGCAAGAUCUUCAUUCCAAACUUAAAAGUCUUUUUGGGGAUGGUAACGGACAGUCUCCGCCUCUCAGCCCAAAAUAGCCUCCCUUCUGUGAUUUCAUGAACUCCAAGCCUGUUUCGAAUCGCAGGAUCUAAUCAGGAACUACAGACAAUCAGUAUGCUUUCUCGCAAAGAAUUAUGGGGAAACUGGUUCUGUGUAAAUGUGUUAUGUGGCAGUUCUUAAAAUCUGUC